UCCCAGCCCCCCGGUUCCCGGCUGCAACGUCAAUCAUACCGCGCCAAGUUUCCCUCUCCACGUGCAGUAUCAAGUCCUGUCCGUGCCAUCACCCUGCAUAUGCCCAUCGACACCAUGCUGCCAACGGACGUCUGGGACUACAUCGUCGUCGGCGGUGGCCUCGCCGGCUCCGUCGUCUCCAGCCGGCUCCUGGCGCUCAACAACACGGCCAAGAUCCUGGUCAUCGAGGCCGGCGCUAACGCUGCCGGCCGGACGGACAUUCUCUAUGUCAACUCGACCAAUUUGAUCCAGGGCGAUUUCGAUUGGAACUACUUCACGACGCCGCAGCCUCAGCUUAACAACCGUACCAUUCAGAGUGCUGCUGGAAAGGGCCUCGGCGGCGGCUCCCUCAUCAACACAUGCAAGUUGUCCCAUGGUGGAUGGAUGCGCGGUGCCCGUGUUGACUAUGACGAGUGGGCCGAGCUGGUCAACGAUUCCCGUUGGGGCUAUGACGGCCAGCUGCCGUUCUUCAAGAGUUCCGAGGAGUUUUGGACCAAGGCGAACGCAGACGAGCACGGGUACGACGGUCCCCUGAAGGUCGAGGUCCCCUCGAUCACGGGUCGUGUCUACCCCCUGAGAGACGCCGUCUACGCCUCGUACGAGUCUGUCGGCAUCGAGGCCCUGCCAGGCCUGGACGCCAACUCUGGUCAAAAUCUCGGCUUUGGUGAAAUCGCAGAGAACCGCCGCAACGGUGCGCGUCAAAUCGCCCCAAAGUACUACCCCCUCGACGGCGUCACGGUCAUGACGAACACGCUCGUCGAGAAGAUCCUGCUCCAAAGUGACAACAGCUCCGGCUCUGGUGACCUCGUCGCAACCGGUGUCCGUCUCGCCAACGGCACGGAGAUCCUCGGCAAGGAGAUCAUCGCCGCCGCCGGUGCUUACCGCACGCCCCAACUCUUGAUGCUUUCCGGCAUCGGCCCGUCCGACGAACUGGCAAAGCACGGCAUCGAUAUCAAGGUCGAAUCACCCGACGUCGGCCAGAACUUUGCCGACCACGCCUUCUUCACCUACAACUGGCGACUCUCGCCCGAGUACCAAAACGUGACCGUCGACUCGGGCAACCCGCUCUUCUUCGAAUCGCAGUACGGCCUGGGCCAGCCCAACAACUUUGUCGCCUCCUUCAACAUCGAAGACAAGGCCGGCUUCAUCGCCGCCAUCACCGAAGAGGAAGGUGCUGCGCCCGACCCGGCGACGCACCCCCUCCUCAAGAACGAGCGCACCCUGAUGGAAGGUUUCGUUCUCUACGUCAACACCGACCCCAGCCUCCCCUCCAACAGCACCUACCUCACGACCGCCAACGUCGCCCUCAACCCCACGUCCCGCGGUUCCGUGACUCUCAGCUCCGCGGACCCUGCCACUGCCCCGCUCAUCAACCCCAACUUCUUCGCUUCCGGCGUCGACCGGUUCGUGUGGCGCGACUCGAUCCGCCGCAUGACUCGCAUGAUGAUUGGGGGUGACUCGCCGCUGAGUCAGGGUAUCGUCGAGGCCGAGGCGACGACGGGUGGCCUGAAGCCUUUCACACUCGAGUCGACUGAUGAGGAGAUUGAGGAGCGCAUUCGCGCCUCCGUCAUCGGCACGUACCACCCCAUGGGCACAUGCGCCAUGGGCAAGGUCGUCGACAGCAACCUGCGCGUCAAGGGCGUCAGCAACCUCCGCGUCGUGGAUGCUUCCGUGUUCCCGACAAUCAUCACGGCUCACAUCCAGGCUGCGGUGUAUGCCCUCGCCGAGCAGGCUGCCGAGAUCAUUGCUUCGUCGUAG